GUGAGGGAGUUUCAACAAGUCUGCAACGACUCAAGCAUCAAACUACAGAACUAUUCUAGCGGACAUGGUGCUCUAAUGACUGCUUCAUUAACGCAGGUCAGAAAGGAUCAAACAUAUCAAUAAAUCAUAAAACACAAAACGUCUCUUAUUGCCCAGGGCUCAGGAAGUGAGUGUGUUCCUUAUAGCCCAACACGUUCUCACUCCCAACUCGUCAAACGUGUGACGCAUGGUCAGGCUCCCUCUGCUUCACUUAUGGACCAUAUGGACCACCAGGUACAGUACGUGAUAUCAAGGGCAGGCGGUCAUCACUGGGGGUAGACAAGAAGCAGACGUACUUCCAAGAGGGAGCUGCAGUGAGGUCAGAGUGUCUGCAGAUCAGCAUCAGUGUCCACGUGAAGAACCUAGUUAUGUUGCCAGUGUCAACCCAACAAAAGUGUGUGGAACUGAGGUGCUUCGUCAGGAGCUCCUUCAGUUGUUGGAGGAUGGAGAAGAGGACGCAGCCAUGACUUGUGAGACGUUGUCUGAGUCAGCUGCUACUCACUGGGCGAUCAGAAACAUGGUGUCCUUGCUAAAGUGGAAAGAGGCCAGGCCUUGUCUUAUAGACAAUAUGUUAGCUACUCUGGAUCCACAGUCACACCGUGUGUGUCAGUGUGGCAAACAAGUAGUUGUGAGGUGUCUGGACUGCCUGCCUCUUCCAUUCCUUUGUGCUGACUGUGAUAUUGCAGUUCACACACGCUUUGUCCUGCACAGCAGAGAGGCAGUAACAGGAGGGUUUUUGCAGCCUUCAUCAGAGUUUCACAAUCCAAUAUUUCGGCUGUUGCCUGUGCAAAGACCAGACUGUGUGUGACUGCCCAGCAGGUAACGUUGAGGUUUCACCCGGUGCAAUUGUGGCUCUUGUAACCAUAAAUGGCCGUUAUAACCUUGCACUGCCAGUGGUGAGCUGCACCAGCUGUGGCCUAAUGUGGUCCCCCUCAGUUAAGGACUUCCAGGGUGGUGGAUAUUGGCCUGGCACCUUAAAUUUCUGCACCCUGUUUUCAAUGGAUGUCUUUCAGUCUUUCUAUGACAUUAAGAAGCUGCAGCAGGGAUGUCACUUAAGGCCUUUGUCAAAGUGCUGGAUGAACGAACAGCCCAUUUUGGAAGGACUGGCCGAAUAUCAGCUGAUGCCUUCAGCAAAAGUUUCUUGGAGUGGAGUGCUGUAAAGUGUGAGGUGGACAGGAUGUGCAAGGAGCCAUGCUUUAGCUGCCCUGCCUGCACUCCAGACAUGCUCGCCGUCUCAGUUGAUGGAAACUGCAAGCUUUAUCGCUUUCAAUCAAAUGCAAGCACUUCAGAGCAGGGGAACUUUGAAGGUGUCUUCAUUGAGAAAGAUGAGGAAGUUGCUGAGUUUGUGAAAUACAUCCAGAGACACACAAAUGAUAUCAAAUGGGGAGGUGCGUUUCAGGAUGGGGCCGGUUCUACAGUUGGAGAAGAGGUGGAACAAGUAAACAGUUUCCUGUCUAGGGCGGCCAUCACAACGAAGUACAUGUCUAAAGCAGGGCGAACAGACAUGCUGAGCCUCCUGGCUUUGGGCUGGAACAAAAGGAAAGUGGAACAACUGGGCCGCACUUUGAGCCAGAGAUAUCUAAAGAUCAUAAGGAUCUUUAGAGAACAAGUGGAGAGCCUGAAUGCGAGCAGAAAUGAGCUGGGUGUGGAUGACGACACACUGCAGCAAUGGGCUGAAGAAACGGAUCAAACUGAUGGCAGCCUUGGAGCGUUGCAGGCACGAGUAGAGGAGCUUGUCGUCAUCAUCAGAGUGCGAACACAAAGUCUUUACAGACAAAAUGAUAGCAACAAGAGGCGACACAGAAUUCGCAAGGUCAUCUUAGAUGAGAAGAAACGCUUGGCGGCUGCUGUUGACGACUACAACAAGGAAACAAGCAACAAAGCAAAUCGUAUCCAGUGAUGCCCUCAUGCAGAGCGACGUUUGGCCCUGGCAGAGCACAAGUGAACCUGCUGCUGACCUCCGGACAAAGAGAAAGGUCUUUGAGAAGGUGAUGGCUGUGAGGCGCCUGAGAGAGGAGGAGAUGAUCCUUUGCAGGGAGAUGCAGCAUCACUGGACAGUGUUGCGAAUGCGAUCUGUGGUGUUGGGGACAAUCUCCUCAGACUCCUCCCUUGUUGGCAUGUCGGAGGAUGCACAGAAAGGACUCCAUAGCCUGGUUUAAAAACAAAGUGAACUGAAAGCUGAAACGCUCAAAGUAAAGGACGUGUACAAGAGAAUCCUCAGCCACCAACCACUCCUGGAAAUGGACUCGGAGGAGGAGGAGGACGUUUCAGACGAUGAGAGUGAUUUGAGCACUUCUGAUGAAGACUGAUUGUGUCAUCAUUGAUGUUAUGUUUGCUAGAAUAAAAAGUUAAUCACA